GGAAAAGCAGUUGAGGUGCAGUCAAAAUCUAUAUUUACAAACACGAUGAGCAGCGAACUUAGCAUCGUGAAAUACAUGGACGAAACGAUCUUUGAACAAAUAUGCGAUGCAAUAUUCACUCUAAUUCCUGAAGUGCCAAGGUUAAAGCAGUUGUUCUUAAGCUGGAGCCUGUUGAAUUUUGAAGAGAAACAACAAUUAGAUGAGAAGGUAAAAACUUGGUACAAUCCAAGUAGACGCCAACUUUACAAACCUCUUCGAGAAGCCCUAAUCCGUUGGGAAAAUCUGCAGGAUACACAAGGUGCUCCAGGUUGCGAGCCGGGUUUGGUAUCUUUCUCGUGUGAUCCUCAACUGGAAGAGGAGUUGGUAAACGUAAUAUGCAGUCUGGAGAUUAUAUUUGCAAAAAAUAAAGAGGGCAGAGAAGAUGAGGAAAAUAAAGGCUCUCAACACGCGAGACCUAUGGCAGAGAUUCCCAUGAGUAAUAAAAGUACCCCUAAGGACAGGACACCUCAUUCAGUACAUAGCUGCGGAUACAUUACGGAUCGAAAGGAUUCAGAUGAUGAUGAUAUGAGUGGUUACAUGACAAAUUAGAAAUAGAAUUAGAAUAUUAAUUCCACCAA